AUGGAGGAAGAUCAUCCAAGUCAUCCAGAAGAAGCUAGGGAUACUACUAGCAAGGCAGAAGAAGUCACCAAUGUUACUUCUAGCGUGACUACCACAAGCACAACAGCCGAAGAACCCACCACGACUGAUGCAGCAGAAGAAGUCACUACUCCUAGCAAGGUUGAAGAAGAUACUACUCAUAGCAAUACAGAAGAAGAUACUACUACUGACAAGCCAGAGGAAGAUACUACUCCUAGCAAGCCAGAGGAAGAAGAUAUUAGCAGUGGUAAGCCAGAAGAAGAUACUACCCCUGACAAGCCAGAAGAGGAUGCUAGCCCCGAAGAGCCAUUGAGCAAUGGAUUACACUCAGAAGAGUGUCCCCACUUGAACGAAGUGUCUGACACUGUGAAUGAAAUCAAGCGAAUCCUGUUCAAGAGUGCUAACCCAUCCUUAUGCGACCUCUGUUUAUCCAAGACUGCCACCUUUUUGAACAUGAGUGACAAUUGUCAUUACGAAGCAUGUAGAGAGUGCUUAGAGACAGAUGUGGAGGAUGAGGAGCAUUUCCCUGUCCAACUUGAAUUAUCGAGUGGGGAUAUGUACUGCUUCAAGUGCCCUUGUAAGCUGGAAAACGCCAAGGUGGAGAGUAUUGUAGAGUAUAUAACGGCACCUGCCUCGGGCGACGAUUUAGAUAAAAGACGCAAAGCAGAGCAUCAGCUCUAUGUGCAAGAGUUAAGAAGAGAGGAUAUGUCAUUGAAGCAUUACUUGGUGGAAAAGCAGUGGGGUCGAACCUGGAUGUUAUUCCGUACACGCGAGGGUUCUCCUUUACCUGGAAAGAUCACGAAUAGUAAAUUGGCACGUAGUAAUGGCACUUUAGACCCAAAUAUUCGAUUGCCCAUGGAUAAAUUCCGUCCAUCGCCAGAGACGCAUGGUGAUAUUGUUAGUGAAAGACUCUGGAGCUACCUGGUAAAAGCCUAUGGUGUUCAAGGAAGAGCUUACAGUGAAGAUGAUAUUGUUGCACCUGAAUAUGCUAGAUUAAGAGUUUAUGUAGAUGAUUUUAAGAAGAGUAUUCAUCUUUACCCUUAA